AUGGUUCGUAGACGAAAACAAGGCGGGGGAAAUUUCAAGGGAAAAAAAUAUCAACGUAGCAAGAAACAAAAUGGCGGGAAUCUUUUUACAAAACUAAGAAAGAGUUCGUUCUCGAAAAAACUUCUCGCCGCAGGAAAACAUUUGGCAUUGGGCGCGUUGGGAGGAGGUGGAGAACAAACAAGAAACACUCCACCCCCCAUGCCUGUUCGAAAAAAUUACCAACGAGGUGCAGGAAUCAAAAAGAAACGCAAGGGUGGACAUGCUAAACUUAGAAAUACUAUACCGUCUGCAAAACAUGUAAUGUAUCAUCAAUAA